AUGCCGCGCAAGCCGGUUGCUAACUUCCUGUCGUGGGCGUCGAAUGUGCUGGAGGCUGUCGACCAAUCAGCGGCGAGCUUGAGCGACUCCACAAACCCUCAUCGCAGGAAGCACCGGCGCGAGUGGGGCGCGGCGACGGACGGGCAGGUGUCGGACUCGGCGUGGGUGGACGCGAGCGACGGCGACGCCAGCAGCGCCGGGUACGCCAGCGACCACCUGCCGCCGUUGGGGGGGCGCCGCUCCUGGGAAGGCCCGGAGGGGCGACGUGCAGUGGCGGGCGGAGGAGGGCUGGAGUCGGGGGGUGAGCACGGUGAGGGGCGGGCGGGGAGCAGAGAGGUGCUGGGCGGGGUGGUGGAGGGGGAGGGGGAGCGUGGCGGUUGGGGCACGCAUGGCAGUGGUGGGGGUGUGGGGGAGCGUGGUGGGAGCGCUAGUGGGCGGGGGCUUGCGAGCAGCAGCAGCCUGGGCGUUGUGGGGCGUGGAGGUGGGGGCCAGCGGCACGCAGAGGAGGGCAGAGCGCGUGCAGGCGGGGGGCAUGCGGCAGGCAGUGGCAGCAGCGGUGGUGGCUUGAGGCGUGCAAGGGAGGGUGGCGCUGCUGCUGCGGGCGGCAAGUGGGGUGGCGAGGGAAGCGCAUUGAGCGGCACGGGCGAGUGGCAUGCACAUGAGUUCGAGGCGUGGGGCGGCGAGUGGGAGAUGCAAGGAGGGGGGGACGAAGGAGGGGAGGGAGGUGGCGAGGAGGCGACGGAGGAUCGUGGGGGAGUGCAGGGGAAGGGUGCAGGAGAAGAAUCACAACGCAAGGAAGGUCCAAAUGGAGAAACGGGAGAACCUGCAGAUGAUAGGGAUGAGGGGGCUGGUGCAGCAGUGGCAGCAGGGCGAGGUGAAGUUGGGGGAAGCAGCACGAGUGGCAGCAGCGGAUCUACCAGUGUGGCCACGCUCCCAAGCAGCGCGAGCGGCAGCGUUGGCAACGCUGCUGUGAGUGCGAAGAGCAGCAGCACAGCGGCAGAGGAGCCCGGUGAUGCAGAGAGUGACAGCGCGGCUGCACCGCUGUCCACAAGUCUCGGCAGCAUGGCGGGCGGCAGCAGCAACAACACAGGCAGCAGCAGGCGGGGGCUGUUGGGGGCGCAGGUGCCUCGGGUGCUGGCGGUGGCGCGCAGCCCAUCGGUGGAGAUGGACGCCAUGCGGUCGUGGCGCCGCCGCAUGGAGGCACACGCGUGGACCAGCCCUGCCAUGCGCUCCGAGUUUGACCACGCCAGCCGCGAGUGCAGUCAGAUGGAGGCGCGGGUGUCAGUAGUGGUGGGCGAGAUAGAGCGGCUGCAGCAGGCGGCACAGCACAUGGCUGACAGGGCGGCCCAGGAGAUCGGCAGCCUGCAUGCUGAGCUGGCAGCUGCCACAUCAGCGCUGGAGCAGGAGAGGUCAAAACAUGCUGCUACACGCCACGAGGCGGAGGAGCGGGAGGGGGCGCUGAGGGAGGAGCAAGCAGGGCAGGCGAGGGCAGUGGCGCGCAUUCGGAGGCAGAUGGAGGAGCGCGUGGCGGAGCACACGCGGGUCACUCGCUGCAUUCAGGACCUUGAGGCGCGGCACAGUCUGCUCACAGCACGCCUGUCUGCCCUGCACGCCGCCACGCCCGCUCGCGACAGCAGCACCGCUGCCGCCGCUGCAGUGCCCGGCCCAGCCUCCGCCACCAGUGCUGCGCUGCUGCAUGAUAACUCGGGUGGUGCUGACGCAGGUGGUGAGGCGCAGCAGCAGCAGCAGCAGCAGCAGCAGCAGCAGCAGCAGCAGCAGCAGCAGGGACAUGCAGGGAGCGAGGGGGGAGGGCAGGAUGGAUCAAGGCGUAUGCAGGGAGGUGCAGCAGAGGGGGAUGACGCGAGGCAGGGGGGAAGUGAGCAGGAUGGGAGAGGGGCUUGUGCAGAUGAGCAGCAGGAGCUGGUGAGUGCACAUGCCCCUCUGUGCCCGUCCCUGCAUCUUCUCCCUUCCUCCUUCACCUGCCUUCGUGUUUGUUACUCUGCCCCCCCUCACGUCUAUGCACAUUCCCCGGAUUCUUUCCUCGCUUGUUUCUCAGAGCCCUCUCAUGCUGCCCGUGCUUCGCCUCACCAUCCGUGCCUCUCAGCCCCUCACCACCCGCCACCACCUCCUCACUCCGCCCAUGCCAUUGCCACCCUUGCUGACAUUGUGUGCCACGUCACCAGGCCAUGUUGGAUGUGCGGAUGGCCAUUCCUCCUGCCCCUCCAUUGCCUUCAUUUCUCUGCCAUUGUCUGGCCGGCCUCUCAUCCCGCCAUUGCCAUUCCUCUGGGCCCGCCACUGGGCAUGGCGGCAUGCGUGGCAGGGGAGCGCGAGAAGCAACUGGAGCGCCGCCUGAGGGCGCUGUCAGAGAAUGUGCAGGGCAAGCAGGCACAGGCGGAGGCGCUGAGCAGCGAGGUGGCGUGGCUGCAGCAGCAGCUGGACCACACAAGGGGGGAGCGCACGCACCUGCUGCUGGCCGUGGGGGAGCAGGGCGGCAGCACUGGGGGCGGUUUAGGGAGGGUGGGGGGGUCACGGGGCGAGGUUGGGAGCAGGGAGAGAGGGCGGUGGCGGGUUGAGGGGAGCAGAGGGUGGGGUGCGGGCAGAGGGGUUGAGCACCGUAUGGUGGCAGCGCUGAGCUGGUUGUGGGGGGUCUGUGCUGGCGCUUCAGUGACACGAGGCAGCACGGAGGACGAUCCGAGUGGCAAGAGCAAGCAGAGGGCGCUGCGCAUGCGCGUGUGGGAGCACGUGGUGGACGCGGCACGAGCGCUGGACGCCUUGAGUCUGCGCGUUGGCAGUGCGCUGCAGCGCAACUCCUUUGUGCGCUCGCUCGUGGUGGCUUACGUGCUUGCGCUGCACCUCUCUGUCUUCCUCGUUCUCUCCUUUGUCAGCCUCGAACAUGCUCUGCACAACUUGUAG